AUGACUGCAUUAGUCCUAAAUCUUCCCCUUCUGUCUUCCUUCACUGAGUUUCGGUCUCUUGGUCGCCACUUUCCAAAGAAUCACCCAUCAAAUCCAAUCAAACCAUACCUCUCUCUCAAACCUCCUCGAUUUCCUCGCCAAGUCGCUACUUCCAUGGAAGCCGAACAGAGUAGAAGUGCAGCCAACACCAGCUCAAAUGAACCCAUGAAGCUCUUGUUUGUGGAGAUGGGUGUUGGCUAUGAUCAACAUGGGCAAGAUGUUACUGCUGCGGCAAUGCGUGCAUGCAGGGAUGCCAUAUCUUCAAAUUCAAUUCCUGCAUUUCGCAGAGGAUUGCUUUGUGCCUUUGCUGUGACAACUGUUAAAUAUGCUAUAACGAGACGAAAUGGUGCAGGUUCCAUACCAGGUGUCACGUUUGAGCAAAUGAAACUAGAGGUCAAACUGGGAAUCCCCCAUUCUUUACAACAAUCCUUGGAUAUUGAGAGGGUGAAGUCUGUCUUCCCUUACAACUUUGUUAUCAUGCAAAAGCUAGAAUCUAUCACGGUGUUCAUGAUUUCAAUUAGUAGGCGAUACUGUGAUAUCUUACUCAUAUGGCCUUCAAGAAUAUCUGCAAUUUUAUUCCCUCAAACUUUGCGCGGAAAAAUUGUGAAAUUUGAAGUUGUUGAUGGUGGACUGGUAUGCUCAAGUGGUGUGUAUGUUGAAGAAAUGGGAGACAAGAAUGAUGACUGUUACAUAGUGAAUGCUGCAGUCAAUGUUGUAAUUGAUGCCGGAACCUUAAGGGAGAUGGUGGCUGAUGGUGCUUCUCAACAUCUUUGUGGCAAACAGCUGUGUGGUGCUUUUGGCAGAAAUGAGAAUGAAGUUUCACAGAUUGCAUCAGGCUCCAGCAUUGACGAUGAUUACACCGCUUAA